CCAAGAUGGCUGCGCACAUACGGCUUGUGAAACAGCUUCACUGUGCACUUUUAAAUACGAAAUUAAGCGCUUUCUCGACGAGCUUAAGAAGAUGCUCUGCGCUAUCAUACCCACGGCCACAUAAAGAAUUCACAUCUAAAAGAGUACGUCAAACAUAUAUUGACUUUUUUAAGGAUGGUCAUGAACACAAGGAGGUGUCGUCCUCUCCCGUGCGUCCGAGAGGAGACCCGAGUCUACUGUUUGUCAAUGCAGGAAUGAACCAGUUCAAGCCAAUUCUACUGGGCUGCGCAGACCCCCGCAGUGAGAUGGCAUCGUACCGGCGGGUGGUGAACAGUCAGAAGUGUGUCCGGGCAGGAGGGAAACACAACGACCUGGAGGACGUGGGAAAAGAUGUGUACCACCAUACCUUCUUCGAGAUGCUGGGGAACUGGUCAUUUGGAGAUUACUUUAAGGUGGAGGCGUGCGCGAUGGCUUGGCGUCUUUUAACAAGAGAAUACGGCAUUCCCGCAGAACGACUGUAUGUCUCAUACUUCUCCGGAGAUGCGGCGAGCGGUCUGCCGGCUGAUGAAGAAACAAGGGAGAUCUGGCUCAGUAUGGGACUGCGACCCGAUCACGUGCUGCCAUUCGGAAUGAAGGAUAAUUUUUGGGAAAUGGGCGAGAUGGGUCCGUGUGGCCCCUGCACGGAGAUUCACUACGAUCACGUUGGGACUCGGAAUGCCGCGUCGCUGGUCAAUGCAGACAGUCCGGAUGUUGUUGAGAUCUGGAACCUGGUAUUUAUGCAGUAUAACAGGGAAGGAGACGGCAGUUUGCGAUCUCUCCCUCAGUGCAGUGUGGACACUGGGAUGGGUUUAGAGCGACUGGCUACUGUCCUACAGGGAAAACGUUCCAAUUACGACACAGACCUCUUCACACCUCUAUUGUCUGCUAUCCACCAGUGCUCUAAAGCUCCAGCGUAUCAGGGCAGGACCGGUGAUGCUGAUGUGGGUCGGGUGGACAUGGCUUACCGGGUUGUUGCUGACCAUAUUCGCACGCUCUGUGUAUGUAUUGCCGACGGAGUUUAUCCAGGCAUGACUGGCGCAGAGUUGGUGCUGAGACGUAUACUUAGACGUGCGGUGCGGUUUUCAACAGAAGUUCUGCAGGCUCCCGAGGGUGCACUGGCAAGCCUGGUGCCAACUGUAGCUCAUAUACUGGGUGAUGCCUAUCCAGAAUUGCACACAGAAUCUGAACGAAUCAUGGAUCUGAUUCAUCAGAAUGAAGUCCAAUUCUUGACCUCGCUAAAACAAGGCAGAAGAGUCAUCGACAGGCAUAUGAACACAAUAGAUAAAGACACGGCUGUUUUUCCAGCGUCAGUUGCGUGGUCCCUGCAUCGUAACCUGGGCUUCCCACUUGACCUCAUUGACCUGAUGCUGGAGGAGAGGGGCAAGAUGGUCGAUAAGAAAGAAAUCAAGGUGCUCGAAGAUGAAUAUGAGAAGUUGAGGUGUCAGUCAGAAGAGGAUGAUGGAGACAGGGUGGACCAGCUGGAUCUUCACAGCCUGGCGGAGCUGCAGAGCCGAGGAGUUCCUCAUUCUGAUGACUCGCUGAAAUACUCCUACAGUCUGGGGCAGGACGGGCGAUACGUAUUUCCGCCUUGCAGAGCGUCUGUCCUGGCGUUGUACUCUGAGGGAUCUCUAGUGUCAGAGGUUGGUGAAGGUCAGCGCUGUGGUGUGAUCCUGGACCGUACCAAUUUCUAUGCAGAACAGGGUGGACAGGCGCACGACCAGGGUUACUUCACCAAAGAUGAACUGCAGGAUGUCCUGUUUCCAGUAGAAUGCGUCCGUCUUGCUGGAGGUUACGUGGUACAUCAAAUCACUGCAGCUGAGACUCUGAGAACUGGAGACCAAGUUUUGCUUCAUUUGGAUGAGACUCAGCGUUUGGGCUGCAUGGUGAAGCACACCGCUACACAUAUUCUGAACUUCGCCCUGCGAGAGCUGCUGGGUCCUGGUGUUAAUCAGCGCGGGUCUCACGUUGCCGCCAAUCGACUCCGCUUUGACUUUAGCGUGAAGGGUUCUCUGAGCGUGUCUCAGUUGCAGCAGGUCCAGGCGUUGGUGCAAAACAUCAUUCAGCAGAACGCAGUGGUGCACAUAGAGGAAAUCCCACUGUCCAGAGCCAGUCAGAUUGCAACCCUGAGGACCAUAGAUGAGGUGUAUCCCGACCCAGUGCGCGUGGUGUCCGUGGCUGUGCCUGUUUCAGAUCUCCUCUCUUCAAACACAGACUGUAGCACCUCUGUGGAGCUCUGCUGUGGCACGCAUUUACUGCGGACUGGAGAAAUCAGGGACCUUGUAAUCGUGUCUGAGCGUCAAAUGGUCAAAGGCAUUAGUCGUAUCAUUGCCGUUACCGGAGACGAAGCCAAAGCGGCUCGGGAGACGGGCCAAGUCAUGCAAGAGCAGGUGAAGUCUUUGGCGGCCCGUGUUGGUGUCGACAACGCCCUCUCUCUACCAGCAGCACAGAGACUCUCCAAAGAAGUCGGCCUUCUGACCGAUGCGGUCGAGAGAACAUCGAUUCCACAAUGGCAGAGAAGAGAGCUGCAGUCUCACUUAAAGGAUCUACAGAAGAGCAGCAACACGGCCAUCAGGAAGCUGGAGAUCAGAGAGGCCACCUUGAUAGCAAAUGACCUGCUGAAGAAACACUCAAAAAAAGCUGUGCUGGUAGACUUUGUCCAGACUGACUCCACAUCGAUUCUAAUGAAGACCGUGAACCAGUUGAGCAAGAAUACUCCAGAUUCUUUGGUCAUGUUGCUGUCUCACCUGCAGACAUCUGAGAAGGUGCUGUGUGCCUGUCAAGUACCAAAGGGCUGUACGAGUGUUUCUGCGUGCGAGUGGGCUCUCGCAGUGUGUGAGCAGUUUGGAGGAAAUGCAGGCGGCUCUGACGUGGUCGCUAAUGGUGUUAGCAAUGCAACCAAUGUCACUGAUGUUUCAGAGAUCCUGAACUGGGCUGAAAAAUUUGCUUGUGGCAAAAUUAAGUAUGUGGACUGAACAAGCUAGGUCUGGAUAAAUGGACAGUUCUACUAUGAUGAACUCAACUUCAUCGAUAAAGAAAAGGAUCAAAUCAAGCUUUAAAAAAUACAAGAUGUGGUAGUUUUCUGGUUCUAUUCCUUUAUUUUAAAAGGGUUGGGCACAUCUGUAGUCUUGAUUGUAUUUUUUUGUGGAUGGAGUUGUGUUGGUGCUAUUAAAUUAUUUAUUUCUG